UGAGCGCCAGCGGGAGCGGGCAGGUCCGCGGACGCGCCCCGAGGCCGGCCCGGCCGCGCCAUGGACUCGGACCGGCUAAGAUGGAAGUGACCUGAGCCCCCCGCGGUUCCUCGGACGGCGCAGCGAGUGGCGCAGGCUUGUCGGGAGCAGUAUGCAGGAGGCUGGCUUCCAGGCCACGCGUGCCUUCACAGAGUGCAAAUUCACCUGCACCAGCGGUAAAUGCUUGUAUCUUGGUUCGCUGGUCUGUAACCAACAGAACGACUGUGGGGACAACAGUGACGAAGAGAACUGUCUCCUGGUGACUGAGCACCCUCCUCCUGGCAUCUUCAACUCGGAGCUGGAGUUUGCCCAGAUCAUCAUCAUCGUCGUGGUGGUCACGGUGAUGGUCGUGGUCAUCGUCUGCCUGCUGAAUCACUACAAAGUCUCCACAAGGUCCUUCAUCCACCGCCCGGGCCAGAGCAGGCGGCAGGAGGACGGGCUGCAGCAGGAAGGGUGUCUUUGGCCUUCAGACAGCUCCGUGCCACGGCCAGGGGCCUCAGAGAUCAUGUAUGCCCCGAGGUCCAGGGACAGGUUCACUGCCCCGUCCUUCAUGCAGAGGGAUCGGUUCAGCCGCUUCCAGCCCACCUACCCCUACGUGCAGCACGAGAUUGACCUGCCUCCCACCAUCUCCCUGUCUGACGGCGAAGAGCCGCCUCCUUACCAGGGGCCCUGCACUCUGCAGCUCCGAGACCCCGAACAGCAGAUGGAACUCAACCGGGAGUCUGUGAGGGCCCCGCCCAACCGAACCAUAUUUGACAGUGAUCUGAUAGACGUUUCCAUGUACAGCGGGGGCCCGUGCCCGCCCAGCAGCAACUCGGGCAUCAGCGCCACCACCUGCAGCAGCAAUGGGAGGAUGGAGGGGCCGCCCCCCACGUACAGCGAGGUGAUGGGCCAGCACCCGGGCACCUCUUUCCUCCACCACCAGCGCAGCAACGCACACAGGGGCAGCAGACCGCAGCUGCAGCAGAACAAUUCAGAGAGCACAAUCGUACCCCUCAAAGGCAAAGACAGGAAGCCGGGCAACCUGGUCUGAUUCCCUCUGACAUGCACUUGAAUCGAGGAGAGAAACCAAGGAGGGACGAGACCCAGUGGGCCCCUCCUACACACGGUCUUACGUGGCACAGCUAAGUAAAACAAAUGAGCAAGCGCGGUCUUUGUUUCCGAUUCCUUUCAGGGGAAUUGCAUGCAAACUAGACUGAAAAGAUACAAACUUCCAUCUGGUCUGACCACGAACAGUGUUUAUUUGGGACAGGGGUUGGGAUGGGGCAGUGGGCAGGGGAAACAGAAAGGGAUGCUUUGAAGAUAUCAUGAAAUAAAACCCACAGAGGUAUUCGAUUUAUUUAAUUCUGAAAGGAGACUUUGCAGAUAAAUGAGGCCAGAAUGGCCUGUUUUAUAAUUAACUGAAUAAAGAAGGAAGCAUUAUUCUAUAUUAUCAUGGGGAAGAAUCAGCCAGUUUGCUUUUUCUCCCAAGGUGUGGAACUUUUAUUUUGUUUUAAAAAUAUGAAUCAAAAUUCCUGUUUUGUGUGCCAAGGUCAACAGUGGAGAAGUUAGAUGAAUGCAAGGAGCUACUUUGUGUUGUGAUGAUGUGUUUUAAAAGUUGCACUAUCUUAAUGUUUAAAAUAUAUAUGAGGGAACUGUUUUCCGUGAAGUUCUGUAUGUUGUCUUUUCACCUGUGGAUUAUUAUUAGGUCCAAGGAACAUCCUGGAGUGUACCCCAGCAUCAUACAAGAAAGAUAAUUGGGGGUGCAGCCUAAUACCAGCUUACAUAAAUCGAAAAAGUCAUUGUUGCAAGAAUUUGCAUCAAAUAGCAAUGCAUUGCUGAAGCAUUUGGAGACUUUUGGAUGGAAGAUAGGCAAUACUAAUAAGUUCCAGCAUUUCUGACUUGUUAUUUGAGUUACUCUGCUAGUCGUAGGCUGCAUAUUUUAUUAAAAACGAACCUGACACAUGUGUUUAUGUAUCCAGUAUCAUGCAGUGCUGCCCUCAUCCUCCGGCAGUGCAGUUUCUUCAGUAAUUUAGACUUUUUUUUCACUGUAGCAUGGAAUUUAUUCAGAUACAUACCUUACUUUAUGCAAUAAAUUGUUUAAAAUGCAAGGUGGUUAUUCUGUAUCCUGUUGAACUAUGUGACUCCUCAGCAUACCCGCUGCCUCUCCCCUUCCCUGGACAGCCCAGUGCAGCUCUGCGAGGCCCCUCAGUGCAGCAGGAGGCUCCAGCAGUCGCCCCGACACAGCCUGCCUGCUAUGUCGUGUGUGAGGGAUGCUUAGGAAGCCUCUGGAACGCACAGCAGAAUGCCGUGUUGCUGGUCGUAAUAAGCCAUUGCAUGUCACUAGUGUUAGCCUGGCAUUCUUAGAGGAAUGCAGUGCUGAAAACACCCCAAACUCCUGGCAGGAUUCAACCCAGCCCUCCCCCAGGUCGGCCUUUGCAUUGGUGGCCAGAAGCAGGAGGUCAGGUAGAGAAGAGUGGAGGGUGGAGUGACUCAAGAGCACAGGAUAAGAAGCACAACAUGCAGUUAAAAUGCAGCUAGAAAACUAAUUUUAAAUACUGUUAGUCUUAGUUUUAAUAUUCCUGAUAUUUACAAACAUUCAUUCUUACAACUUAAAAGAAGAACAACUUCCCUCUGCAGAUGUAAGCACCGGCUUUUGCAACAGCAGCAGCCAACAAGUCCAGCAAACUCUGCGCCGCGGAGGCGGCUUCUCUGCAGCGAGGUCUCCAUUCAGAGGUGGCCGCUUGGCCUCUGCGAAUUAGAGGAGCAGGAAUAAGGGUUCAGUGACUUUGAUCUAUGCAGCUUUAACGCCAAAUCAGCAUAUGUGUGUUCAUGUCUGUCUGUGGGUCUUGGAGGUGAUUCCUCAGUGAGGUGGCUUCGUGCUGUCGCCAGGCGCUGGAGGGACGCUGGAGGGACUGUUUCGGGCCCCGGUCUUGCCCGCUCCCUCCCGCUUCGCAUCGCGGUAGGCAGGUCGAUGGUUUGUUGUGAGCAUUGAAAUCUCUGUUAGAUCCAUCCAUUUCACACAGUAACAUCCACAGAACUAGUCAAACUCUUAAAAGGAGAGAAAGAAAAGAUGGGCCACAGUUGUCAGCUUGUGCGUGAGACCCCGCAUGGAAGUAUUUGUAGCCGAGGGCCACAGUGGCAUUUCUGAGACUGGGUUCGGUCUUGUGGCAGUGACAGCUGCAAGGCUGCUGUCAGGGAGAAGCCAGCUCUCAGGACAGAGAUGGACUUGGGGCCAGACAGGACCUUUCCCGCCCCCCGGAGGCUUCCUGCAGGGUGCCGGCCCCCGGACUUCGAGCCUGUGUUUGAAAGCAGCUGGGUCCCCUGACACAGCCAGUCACCGCGGGUCAGGUGGAGACGAGGAGACCCUUGUACCAGUCAGGCCUCGCUGAGGGGACUCAGGCGGAUUCUUGGUCAGGUGUCCCAUCACGUGCAAAGUUGAUUUCAUCAUUCCAAAUCUUGCCCCCAGUUGUGGUCAAGCAGGUGAACCCAGCUUUAGCUGUAGCUCGGAAUGUUUUCACAGUCCUUGUUCUUCCACCUGCUCCAAGAAUGAGCUCAGCUCAGAGGCCUGCAAGUUCCUUCCUUUGCAAGUAUAUGAAUGUGUUGCAGAUGUCCCCAGUAUUGGCAAGACAAUUAUUUAAUGCAGAUACCUUUAAUCGUCUGUCAAAAGAGAGGUCCCUCCCAUUUCAACCACCCUAGAGAAUUGCCUUUUAAGUUACUUAUUUAAAGACACACAUAUCAAACCAUGACUUUGAAAGGUCUUUGGGGCUGGGCCUCUGCAAUGAAUUACUUUAAAAGCCAAGGUCAUAAAUUGAAUUAAUAGUCAAUUUUCCUUUGACACAGGGAAAAGGUGAUGUAGAUCAAGCAGCUCCUUUGAAGGCUGCAGCUGCCCUCUCCGAGCCGUGUGGCCUCAUGGCUGGCCGGGUGCUGAAAGAGUAGUGGUUGUCAAGGUGUAGCUUUCCCAGCGGAGCCUGUUGUUCUUUCACGAACCUUUAAGCUUAUGGAACCUGCGGGUCCAGUGUAGAAACCAGUGGCUUAGGCAAUCAACGACAGGUUUACAAUCCUAGAUUCCAGGACAGGGUUGCAAUACAGGAUUGCAUUGUUGGAGAGAACAGUGGGUGGGAACUAACUCUCCCGCGCAUACCACUGACGUUUGUCCCUUGUCCCAGGAACUUCCAGGAGUAGGAAACCCAAGGCAUCUUGAAUCCCAUCUAUAGAAACACAGUCUUCUAGCAUCCACUUGCUUUUUUAGAAACUCUAGUGUUCUUUAAACACUGAUGCAAUCCUUAAUGGAAAAGAGAUCUUGGGAAACAAAUAUGUGUUUAUAUAUUUGAUCUAUUUUUUGUGUCCAAAAUUUACAGAUAAAGCAGCUUGACCAGCACCCCCCCACGACAUAACACACGGACACACACCCAAUCCCUGAGAAAUUUCAAGGUAGCAGAGGAGAAUCUUUAAACCCUAACGCAGCUUUAUCAAGAGGAUACACUUCUAGUCAUUAAUUUUGGCUCAGACUUAGGAGAGAGGGAACAGAGGCCAGCAGUAAACUGGGAGGCCUCCUGGCACCAGCACAGGAAGCGGGCACACACGUGAGUCCUCUACGUAUCUCCGUCUGAUCUCCUUCACCUUGAUUUUAUCUUCAUAAAAAUGAGAAGGGCUCAAAAGGAAGCCCUUGCAGAAAGCCCCUCCAAUCUAGAAGAAUCCAUCCCAAUCCCUGCCCUUCCUGUCCAAACCCUUGUCCCGUCUCUGACAGGGUGAUCCUCUAGCUUCCACCAGCUGCUCUUCUGUUUAGGGCGCCUGGCCAGAGCCGCGCAGACAUGUCCUCAGCCGGACGCGGGCUGCCAGCACAGACCCACACCCGCCGCCUCCCGGCAGAGGAGCGUCCCUGGCGGUGCGGCCCUCGCAGGCUCCUGGGGCUGCUGCUUGCCCAUUGCAUUUUGGUACUUAGAACGGUGACAUUAACUCUAUUUGUAAACCAUUCAUUUUUCUUAAAAUUCUCAAAGCUCAGCGGUGUAUGAAGGAAAACGCUGGGCAGGAUGCUUGGUUUCUGUUCACUUGGGCUUUUCUUGCCCAGGUGACUGAAGCCAGGGUUCCGGGCUGAGCCUUCACCCUGUGGGUGUGCCCUGGGGCCCGCUCCGUGCGCCCCCCAACCUUUGCUUAGGAGCAUGAGCCCAGCCGCUCCCGCUCACACUGCCCGGGACACCACGUUCUUGGUGUAGGGAGGGUAAAAGAACACCUUUGGAUGACAAGUUGGCGAGGGGAGGCCCUCCCCAUCUCACUGUGAGGAAGGAACACGUUAUCUAAUGGUAGCACACCAAAGUCACAAACCAAGAAACUCUGCCUUCAUCCCAGAUCACAAAUGAAAGUUCUCAGUGGCUCCGUGGCUUCCCCAACUGUUACCAAUUCCACCGCGGCCCUGCUGCCAGCCCCUGUCCGGAGAUCACAGAGAUGAGAACGAACAGUGGAAAGCGCUCUUAGCCCUGCAGUGGCCUACACUGUUUAGGAAUCAGGAUUUCAGCAUACUUGCCUACCCAGCACACUGUGUCCUUUGCAUAGUUCGCAUUUAUGUUGUUGCCAGGGUUAGACAGUCGCUGCUGCUGCCCGAGUUGGGUGCGUUAGGAUGCUGUUGUCUGUGAGCUAAGAGAGCAGUGUCUUCCUUCAUCCUUUUCUUUCUCCCCCAGCGUGUGCUUGUUUUGUGUAAUGCGGGAGAGGGUUAGAGCUAUACAGAGAUUCUACACACACCAUCCGUGCAUAUUUUUUAUAUAUGUAUAUAUCUCCCUGUUAUUGCAAAGAGCUCUGCAUGUCAGUUCUGGUUUCUGCAGACAGAGGACCCAAGCCACCCCCCUGCACUCGGUCAAUGCCCACCUUUGUUGUGCCUCACUUAAAAUGGUGCUUUUUCAGUUGUCUGUCUUUUCUUACGUUUUUAUUUGUAAGGUGCUGUAUAUAAGUCGAAUAUAUUAUGCACAUAUCCUACCCAAUGGGUAGAAUAAAAAAAUUGUUAAUACUGUAAUAUAAUGUAUAGAUGAUACCAAUUUUAACAGAAUGGCAUAGAAUUUGUGAAUGCCUAUGUGCUUCGUCCUUUUUUGUAAGGAAAUUUGCAAAUGGAUGCAUACAGAUAAAAGUCUAUGUAGUUUAUUUUCCUAUUAAAUAUCAAUAUUAUAACACAACGGAAAGAAGUCUGAACAAACAAGCAACAGAUUAUGACCAGCGUAUAUAUAGCAAUUGAAAGUUGCAUCUUUGCUGUGAAAACACUUAAAAAAAAUUUUUUUUAAAUCCCACAGCUUUUUGGUUGCCACCAGAUGCUUCUCAUUUUAAUCACUUUAGUAAUGCUCAGUUGGACCAGUGUUAGUCAGUUAUAUUUCAGUAAUAACAUGAUCUCCUGCUGUGCUGGAAUGAAGGUGCUAGGCCUCAGCGCACAGGGCGCACUUUGCUGCCCUUAAUAUUGCAGAGAUUGUGUCAGUAAGUAGAUCGGCCUGCAGCAGAGGACUUUGCUCAGCUACAGAGGCAUUUAUGACUGUCUAUGUCCCAAGUCGCUCUGUGCCUUUUUCUUUUACAAAUUGAAGCUGUGGAGCCAAUGAACUAGCAGUAGAGACUGUAGGGAAAGAAUACCUCAGGAAAAAUAGAUCCUAUUCAGAGAAGACCCUGUUUUUAGAAACAAAUGUUUUGUUAUGGGUUAUCAUUAGAAGAGAGUUGGCUGCCAUGUGAAGAAUCCUAUAUCCAUUCCUGUUGGUGUCCCAUCCUAACCCCGGCCCAAAAAACAAACCAGGUUUUGCCAUCAGUUAGAGAUUACGUUUUCAGUUGUAUGUCAAGUUACACCUCUCUUCCAGCUCGGUCUUUUAGUGUCUGAUUGUGACCUCUGCAUUUAUGUUCAAAUAUUCUAAUAUUUUUUUAAAAAGAAAAAGGCCUGUAACACGUGUUCAUGAAAACAACCAUUGGAUCUUGGGCGUGGGGAAGCUUUCCAGGGUCAUCCGUAAAGGCAAGCUGUGACAUUUUGCCCAUCUGAUCCAGAUUAUCUUUACUCUGCCACCAGAAGAUAACAAUUCUAAUUAAUUCCAAGUUUUGUAUUUGGUCUAUGGUACAUGUUCUGAUUUUGAAAAUCAUGGCAGAAUCAUAUCCCUAACAUCCAGAAAGCAAGUUAUUACCAAUUAUUGUUAAACUGAAAACAUCUCUAUAAUGCAACUCUUUAUGCUGAAUGGAUUAGAAGUCAGCCCUUCUUUUAGUACGUGUUUGAAAGAGCCAUGAAAAGACGAUGGUCUUGUGUUCUGGAUGCCGUGUGUCCAGACCCAUGUGUCGGCUGCACCCUGGGAAUCGGCAUUAAGAACUGAGGCUCAUUUGUGUCAGACGAAGCUCCAACCCCCAGGGUCAAACUCUUGGGAGGACUAGUGAGCAUGAGAAUGUUCUGGACUCAGAGGUACUAAAAUUUGUUACCCCACCAUUGCUUCCUUUCUACACAACUAAUCGAGGCUUAAACUUUUCUGUUAAUGAUACUGGUUCAUUUUAACGUGCUUGUUGGUAUAUUGCUAUUUUUCAUUACAUGGCUUUCAAAAAUCACAUUUUUUAAUUGUAUACUUGUCUAGUUUAAAGCUGUUUUAAAAUAUGUACAAUAUUAUUCACAGCAUUUAGUUCACUUAAUUUUUAUUAUAAAGCAAUUUACUAAAAAAAGUACAACUGUAUUGGAGCUUUUCAAUAGUUGGUUGUGAGCUAUGAUAAUCAGAAGUCAUUAAGUCUUAAUUGUGAACAAACAUUUGUGCUUACUUUUCAGCAUAAUUCCCGGUUAUACACAGAGAAAGAUUUCCAACUGUCUUGUAUCUGCCUCUUUCCACUGAGCAAUGGUGAUGUAGUUCUUAGACCUAAGGUCUGUAAUUGCAAUACUUUUAAAGAAAGAUGUUGCUCUAAGUGCUGUUAGUUAUGAAUUCAGAUUUUUCUGCUUGUUCUUAAUGCUGUGGUCAAACCAUAGCACAGAAUCAUUAAAAAUAACCAAUGAUACA